AUGAAAAUUUCUGAGACGGACAUCCUGCUUAUCCCCGGCUACGGCAAACCUCUUCCGGGGCACUGGAUCCUGCGCUGGAGCGACAAGAUGCCGACCGCCCGUGUCGUCAAGCAGGCGGAACUCCACGCUCCCGAAAAAAACGAGUGGCUGGAAACCCUUGUCAAAGAAAUCGAAGCCGCCGAGCGCCCCGUCGUUCUGGUGGCCCAUUCUCUGGGCUGCAUCCUGGUUGCUCACGGAACGCACGUGCUCAAGGACAAGGUCAAGGGGGCCUAUCUCGUGGCACCUUCAGACUGGGACCGCGACGGACUGGUCAAGGAAUUCGACGGCGGUGACUUCAAGCCUGUCCCGCGCGAACCGCUGCCCUUCCCUGCCCACGUCGUUGCCAGCAGGAACGAUCCCUAUUGUGACCAUGAGCGUGCUCAGGAACUGGCAACCGCAUGGGGCGCGACCUUUCAGGACGCCGGCGAAGCAGGUCACAUCAAUCUGGAAAGCGGCCACGGCCCCUGGCCAGAAGGCAUGAUGUCCUUCGCACAUUUCAUGAAGCGUCUGGGCUGA